AGUCAACAGACAUCUAUUUUUUUUGGUUUAUGCAAGGCACAAAACACACAUCUCGGCAUACCAGUUUUCACUCUUCCGCUACUUAUCCGACAAUAUAAGAUCGUAACUAUUGACCAAAACUCCUAACUCCUGAGGUCAAUUGGCUCAAGGAUUGGGAACUGGUGUACAGCAACGAUUUGGCCAAGGACAAACUGUAUAGAUCUGUGUUGACUGGUGUCAGAUAAACCCAGAACAUGACGUCAGAAAGAUCCAGCAAAGCCCUCAAGGUGAAGAGGGAGUGUGGGGAGAACGUCCCUGUGUUGUCGGACAGCGAGCUCAUGUCUCUGUCGGUGCGGGAGCUGAACCUGCACCUGCGUGGCCUCUCCCGCGAGGAGGUCCAGAAGCUGAAGCAGCGGCGCCGCACCCUGAAGAACCGCGGCUACGCGGCCAGCUGCCGGGUGAAGCGAGUGUCCCAGAGGGAGGCCCUGGAGCAGCAGAAGAAGGAGCUGCAGAGGGAGGUGGAGAGGCUGGGGGCGGAGAACGCCGGCAUGAGGAGGGAGCUGGAGGGGCUCGGGGCUCGCCUGGCCGCACUGCAGAGAUUUGCCCGGGGUCUGGAGUCAGGGGGGGGCAACCUCCUGGCCACGGCCCCUCGCCUCAACACGGCCUCAGUCAUCACCAUCGUCAAGACCCCCCCACAGGCCCACACUCAGAGAGAGCAAGGAGGGUCCUAGGAGGAACUAUUGGUGGAUGAGGAGGAGGACUCCUGCUCACUGACACACACUCACACACACUCAUACACGUAGAGAUAUGUGCUCCUAUACAUACACUUAUUCACAGGAGAAUUAGAAGAACACAAACCAUCAUGGCACUUAUUAAAAGUUCAGCGCUCAUGCAUGUACAAUAUUGAGGCAUCCUGAGAAUAGGGAUAGUCAGUCACAUACGGAUUUUAAAGCCUGGCUAUUUUUCUCAAGCACACACCCAGACGGACUGUAAAACAGUAACCCCUGAUGGAUCUUGACUAAAGCAUGGACAGUCCAAACAGAACAAUGCACACACACACACACACACAUUGAUCCCAAGACAAAGCCAGUGCUGCCACUGGUGCCCUGAUCCUGUGACUCCAGUCCACACCAGUGCUGUCUUCUCUCCAGCUCCAGCGUGGUCUCUGGUCCUUAACACACACCACCAAGGUGGACUGCUCCACUUUCGGACUCUUCCUCAGUUUCUUUCAAUGCUACGCAACCACCUCACGCUCUACCCUCCUCCCUGUAAUAUGGAUGUAUUAAUCCAUUCGUUCAUUUAUAUUGCGCAUUCAUUUCCACUUUGCAUAAAAAGCAAUGGAUUGGUCCAAGGAAUAAGGCGAGUGGUGCUACUUCAAGACUAUAACAAAAUUCAAAACAAGUCUAAUGCCAUUGCCUUCUUGUACACCAACCUAGUGUUUUCGAUUGCUAAGGGGGUUGUGAACACCCAGACCUUGCCAGGGAGAAGGGCAGAGGCUGGCCUAGUCCCUAGGACGACAUUACAGCUAGCAUCAGUGUAUUCCUGAAGCAUCACUGUGCUCUCCCCUUCCUCUGACGUGUCCAAUGUUGUGCUUUGCUGUGUUGCAGUCUGUCGUGGUUCCAUGGGUAUGUAUCAAAGCUCUGGCUCCUCUAACUGUAGAUGUCAGUCAUAGCUGGAACAUUGUUGGGGGGCCCACCCCCUCCCCACAUCUCGUAGAAUGCUAUGUCAAUGCAAGUUCUAAUGAUACAUUCCUCUAUCUGUUGUUUUUUUGUAAUGUUUGUACAAGAGACGAAAAUGUUGAGCGACAUUUAUCAGAGGUAUUCUAUAUUUUAUUUGUAUUUAAGGAUAGAUAUUACGAAAAAGCUAACGAGUGCUGUGAUGUAAUGUAUGUUUCAGAUACCUGCGUUGUUAUGACUAGUUUGGGGGGGGAACCAUUUUCUCAUGUCUGAUUAUUGUACUGAGUGUGACGACGAUUAUAAUUUUUUGGAAAAUGUUUAACUGUUGUGAUGAGCUGUUUAGUUAUGCUAAAAGCCAAUGGCCGUGUCGCUGUAAGAUGACUUAUGUAUGCGUGUACGCCAUAUUUGUACUAAUUUCAUAGUGUGGCUUGUUGUAGGGAUAUUAUUUUUCUAUGAAGUACCAAGGUGAUGAUAAUGAUGAUGGUAUUGUAUUAUUGUUAUUUAUGAUAAAUAUAUUAAGUUCCCUUCUGUAAUGAUGAGAGUGUGAGAGUAACUCUAUGGGAAGAAAGAACAGAAUGGUAAAAGAAGGAGACAGGGAUGGAGAUGAGAGGGGUGGUGAUGGUGUGAGGAAAUGAGGGGAUUAGGAAGUGAAUGAGGAAUACUUGGAUUGUGAGGAAAGACAGUAGGGUAGAAGGCGGUGCUUAAUUCACUUGAAAGCCUUGUAAUAUGUUAUAUUUAAGUACCCCCUAACUCCGAUAGAACAUCUAAAAAGGGGAACUAGACCAUUGAUAGAAAUAGCAAUAUGAUUUUAUCUGUCAAUAAAAUAACACAUUAUAUUGUGUUGAUGAAUACUCCCGUAACCGUAAGGUAAUGUUUAGCUAUUGGUAUCAAUGUUGCAUAGCAUUUAUCCCCCAGUAAUAUCUAAUGUCUCAGAUUUAUGUCAAAUUGUGCUGGAUGUUUUGUAAUUCUGCAAAACGAAAAUGGUCUUUGUAUUUAUUACAUGUAUUUUUUCUAUGGUGAAAAAUUAAGUACAUUGUCUAUUUUAUAUAUUAAUUAAUAAAUGAUUAAAUGUUG